AGUAAAGGGACGCAACUCUAAAUAAUACAGAAAAAAAACUUUAGAACUUUAAAAAUGUUGAAAGAAGAAACACUGUGAAAAUUUUACAAGGAAGAAAAGGAAAGGAGUAGGAAAAGAGUAUGGCAGUGGCCAAAUCUAAAGUGAAGCGGUAUUAUAUUCAAGGAUCUGUUGUUCCAUUUGAAGAGGACAUGACCCAUGAGUUCAAAGGUCAUAGAAAUUUUGCAAUUGAAGAACUUCCAAUUUGGGCUAGAGAAAAGAAAAACGAAGGGGCAACCAGAAAGCCUGUUUCAGGGAACCUAGCAGCAUUUCUCAACACUGGGAAGGGAGGGACGGUGUAUCUGGGAAUCACAGAUGAUGGAGAUGUGCUUGGAUUGAAGCUCACACAUUACCAGAAGGACCAUAUAAUUGGUAACAUGCAUGAUCUAUUCUCACGUUACAAGCCGCGAGUUCCGCCUCAUCGCUACACGGUGAAGUUUGUUCCGGUGAUAAACAAGGCUUCCUCACCACAAGAUAUCUUAAGACAGUGCUCCUACAACUCAAGUGAGUCUACUGAAGUUUUAAAUCGGGAGCGACCGCAUGUAUACCGAUCUGACAAGUAUUGCUGGUGUGAUAAGGAUGCUGUUGCCCAGUAUAAUACAGGACUCAUACCAAGUGACUAUGUGAUAGAGGUGUGUGUAAAACCGUGGGACAGCCGUGAUGUCAGAAACACAGAUGGUAUUGGUUCACUUGUCCACAUUAACCCGAUAUACGAGAAUGAGGAGGGUUUUAUAUACAUGCGCAGACAAGCCAGUAUUGUGAAGUAUUCCAUGAAUGAAGUGGCACAGUUGUCAAGACAACAAAUGAAGGAGGCAUGUGAAGCAGAAAUGUUAAGAUUAAAAGAGGAGAUAAGUCAACGGAAGCUGCUGAAAGCUAGCUGAUUUAGUGUACCUUAUAUAACCUGUUAAAUCAGUAUUUGCUGACUUGGUGCAUCGACUUCAUUCUUCAACAGGACAUGGAGUUUUGAUGGGUUUCAGCUGUGUACCAUGUUAAAAUGGUACCAUGGUAAUAGCAAGGGACAGGUUGUCUGUUAUCUCUCAAUACAGGAGGUUGUGAGAGAGAGAGAGAGAGAGAGAGAGAGAGAGAGAGACACAGAGACAGAGACAGAGACAGAGACAGAGACAGACAGACAGACAGAGUGUGAGUGAGUGAGUGAGUGUGUGUGAGU